AUCCCGGAAAGUUAGCUGAGUCGAAUGAGAUCACAGGUGCCACAAAUGACAGUUUGGAGGAAGACGCCGAGGUCGGGGGGACCACACUCCAAACGGAGGCUGUCGGAACCACCCCUGUCCAUCCUGAUGACCACAUAGAGAAAUUUGAGGUGCAAGAGGAUCACACUGAAGAUCCGGGAAAGUUAGCUGAGUCGAAUGAGAUCACAGGUGCCACAAAUGCUAUAAAUCCGAUGAAGUUUAGCCUUUGUGUCAGCGCAGUAAAGGCUCUAUGUGGAUACAAUGAAACAAGUCUUUUGUACGAAAUUCCAUCACUUGCAAAAAAAUUAGGACAUUCCUUUCACAAAGUGGCAAAAAAAAUGAGAGUGGAUGCCUUGGCUAGUGGAAAUAAAGAACAGGUCGAAAUGGCUGAAGGCUUCAUAGAAAUGUAUAAAGAAGAAUGGGAUGUAGAAGUAAGUCAUGCGGCACUAGAAACAUUGGAACUUCUAAAAUACAACAAACCUUCACAAAUCCCUCUCGCUGAAGACCUCAAAAAUCUCUCUCAAUAUUUGAAAAAAGAGGCAAGUGCUAUAGUUGAAAAGGAUGAAAUAUCUCAGGCAGACUGGAAAGCUUUAUCAGAGUUAACUUUGGCCCAGAUUGCUCUGUUUAACAAGAGGAGAGCUGGGGAAACCGAAAGGCUAGAAGUAAGUCAAUACAUGAAUGGUGUAAAACAUGGCAAAACAAUGCAUGAGGAAAUUCUAGAAUCCCUUUCUCCUCUGGAAAAAAAAUUGGUGGAAGUAAUUAACCGGGUUGAGAUCAGAGGGAAAAGAGGAAGACGUGUUGCUAUUCUUCUGCCUGAAAACCUGAAAAAACAGUUAGAUUUGUUGCUAGAGCACAGAUGUGUUGGUGACAUUGACAAUGAAAACAAACACAUGUUUGCAAGGCCAGGUCAAUCUAGAACCCCAUUAAGGGCAACCGAUGUCUUGAGAAAAUUCUCGGAGCUCUGUGGAGCAAAGCAUCCUGAAACUUUGACGACCACAGGCUUUCGGAAACAUAUUGCUACAAUGUCUCAAAUGCUCAACUUGAAAGAUAAUGAGUUAGAUGUCUUGGCUACAUUUCUUGGUCACGAUGUGCGUGUCCACAGAGAAUUUUAUAGAUUGCCAGAAGACAC